AUGCUGAGACAAAUGCAGUUGCGCUGGAGCGACCAUCUGGUGCGCAUGGACGACGAGCAACUACCCAAACGACUCUUCUACGGCGAAGUCGCCACGGGUUCUCUCCGCCAAGGAGGCCACAUUCGUCGAUACAAGGAUACUCUGAAGUCCUCCCUGAAGCAUCUGCAAAUUAACCCGACCGACUGGGAAGAGCUCGCCCUCGACCGACCGACCUGCAGGAGGAAAGUGAAGACAGGCGCUGCGAUCUAUGAGGCCAACCGAAUCGCCGCUGCCAAAGCGAAACGCGAAGCACGCAAAUCACAGCUACGCCCCGUCCGCAACGCCGACGCACAACCGCUUCCAACGUGUCCUCGGUGUCAACGGACAUUCCGGGCACGAACUGGACUCAUUGGACACCUUCGGACCAACUGCAUCUCCCAUAUCACACAAACCGCCGUCCCUCCGCCUGCAUCUUCCUCGUCCUCUCCGCCUCUAACUAACUCUGACAAUUCUUCUGAAUUACCACUUCCAUCCUCCUCCUCCUUUUCCCCAUCCUCCUCCUAUCCCUCCUCCCCCUCCCCUGCUCUUCCUCCCCCUCCUCUUCCUCCGGCUCCUCCUCCUCCUGCCCCACUGCACCAACCACGGCCGCUCUGGUGGCCGUCACUCACACCAACAUCACACACAUCCAUGACACAACAACAGACACCAUCCCUCCAACCUCCGACUCCAGGGGUGAGGACCAGGACUACACCUGCCCUCACCGCGACCGCACCUUCACCUCACACGUCGGCCUGGUCGGUCACUUGCGAAUCCAGGUGA